AUGCUCUCCGGAUUUUCCGGGCAGGUUUCUCGACUGGAAGGGUCAGAAGAGACGCUCAAAGGAUCGAAUCUCGGUGAAGGAGAUGACGGUGGGGGGGGAGGCCUACAGAAAGGGGGGCUGCAGAGAGGAGGGUUGCAGCCGGCAGCCGGGCUGGGAGGAGAGCGAUUGCUCUUUAAAGCCCCGGCCGAGCGAAAAUCUGUUUUGGGUUUGGACGCGCUCGCCCGAGCCAAGCGAGCAGCCGCGGGAAUCCCGGAGAAACCGCCGGUCACUGUAGCAGCGGCUAGAUUCGCGGAAGAGGGGGAAGAUGAAGGGGAGAAGGCGGGGGGCGAGGGGAAGGAAGGGGGAGGCGGGAAGUUUGUAGCCGACGGAGACGAUGGGGGAGGGGGUAGAGGGGAUGGAGAGGGAGUGGGAGGAGGGAGUGUGGGAGACAAGAGCGGUGGAGGGGGGAGCAAGGAGAGGCGGCGGUAUCGUAUGGCGCGAAAUGUUGAUACGCCCACACACGUGUCAACGGUUACAGACCUCUCAGGCGCCUCCCCCCGGGUGCAGGAUUCCCCGCGUGGCACCUCCUCACAUGCGGACAGAGAUUCACAAGCGGACACAGCUGCUGGUGCACGCGAGGCUGACGAGGCAAGCCGAGGCGCUAAAAGAACGCGAGUGGAGCCUGCUGACGUGGCAAAUGGUGGUGCUGACAAGGCGGUUUCUGCUAGUUUGGUGACCAAUGGAGGAGGUGGGUGUCAGUCAGGAAAGGAGGUUGCUCAGAUUGGCUCCUCCAGAUCACGCUGGGACGACAGCACCCCGCGGAGAGACAAUGACAGCACACCUGGCAGGGAGGGCAGGGACAGAGACAGAGACAGGGACAGAGGCAGAGACGGAGACAGAGAGAGGGGCAGCACGCCACGCAACAGGGGCUCUAAGUGGGACAUGCCGUCGCCCUCGCCCUCCCCCCGCUGGACCCCCUCCCCCGCCCCCUCCCCCGCGCCGUACCGCCGCGAGCCGUCCUUUGUGCCGCCGUCGCCCUCUGACUCGCGCCUGCUGUCGCCCUGGGAUGGCGGAGGGGGCAGCACGCCCUCUGUUGGGGUGAGUGUUCGUGCCUCUCGCUUCUUCUCCUUUGUGCCGCCCUCGCCGUCUGACUCGCGCCUGCUGUCGCCCUGGGAUGGGGGGGGAGGUGGUAGCACGCCCUCUGUUGGUGGUAAGUCCGUGUGCUCUGCUGUGCCGCCCUCGCCCUCUGACUCGCGCCUGCUGUCGCCUUGGGAUGGCGGAGGGGGCAGCACGCCCUCUCUCGGGGGGUCAGUGUGGGAUCUCCCAUCCCCAUCUCCCGUACCUGUAAGGGCAGGCUCGGCCACGCCUGUCUCGCAGGGUCGGGACGGGGAGGAGAGGGAGGGAAGCGUACAAGCAGAGGGGGGCAGGGCUCGGCGGUCGCACAAGCUUCGGUUCCGAGCCGACUCGUCAGCUUCGGAGGGCGGUGCGAGCACAAGCCGAAGCACAGCGGGAGGCCAGGCGGCAUCGCAGCAGCAGGAGAGCGAGUGGGACACAGACUACCGUGCUGGGAGGGGGCCGGGGGAGGAAGGGGGGGCAGGGGCGGAGGAGGAUGAGGGCUUGCGCCGGGAGAUGGAGGAGGCGGAGAGGCAGGCCGACCGGUCCUGGCGGGAGGAGGAUGAGGGCUUGCGGCGGGAGAUAGAGGAGGCAGAGAGGCAGGCCGACCGCUCCUGGUACGACUUAGAGGAGGCGGGCAGUGUGUUUGACUCGGGCGAGGGCGCCAACCCGUUUGGAGGGUUCGGCGACGAGCAGGCCUUUGAGAAGGAGGAGCGCAAGAAGGAGGCGGCCGCGCGGCAGCAGCGCAUGGUGCGGGGUGAUGGGUCAACCAUGUACGACUCAGAGGAAGCAGGCAGCGUGUUCGAUUCAGGAGAGGGAAGCAACCCGUUUGGAGGAUUCGGCGACGAGCAGGCCUUUGAGAAGAAGGAGGAGCGCAAGAAGGAGGCGGCCGCGCGGCAGCAGCGCAUGGUGCGGGGAGACGGGUCAACCAUGUCGCUGGCGGCCAGCAAACGCCUCACCCAGCUGUCGGCGGACCAGGCGUCGUGGGAGGACAGGCAGUUGAUGCGGUCGGGAGUGGUGCGGAGCUCUGUGGAGCUCUCCACGGAUAUUGAUGAUGAGGAUGAGAACCGCGUGCUGCUGCUCGUGCAUGACACGAAGCCGCCCUUCUUGGAUGGGCGCAUAGUGUUCACGAAGCAGCAGGAGCCGGUGAUGCCGCUCAAGGACCCCACUUCUGACAUGGCCAUCAUCGCCCGCAAGGGCUCUGUUCUCGUCAGAGAGGUGCGUGCAUGCGUGGUACUGAUCCGGGAGAAGCAGCAGUCGAACAAGAGCAGGCAGAAGUUCUGGGAGCUCGCUGGAAGCAAGCUGGGGAACAUUCUCGGCGCCAAGAAAUCUGCAGCUGAUGUGGAUGCAGACACGGCAAAGGUGGACGCGGAGGGCGAGGUGGACUAUAAGGACAAUGUGGAUGCGGAUACAGCCAAGGUGGAUGCGGAGGGUGAGGUGGAUGCAGACACGGCGAAGGUGGACGCGGAAGGUGAGGUGGACUAUAAGGACAAUGUGGACGCGGAUACGGCCAAGGUGGACGCGGAGGGCGAGGUAGAUUACAAGGACAAUGUGAAGUUUGCCGACCACAUGAAGGGCACGGGCGGUGCUGCCAGUGACUUUGCCAAGAACAAGUCCAUUGCCGAGCAGCGCAUGUACCUGCCCAUCUACUCCGUGCGCGACGAGCUGCUGCAGUCCAUUGCCGAGCGCCGCAUGCACCUCGUCUCCUCAUCUCCUCGCCUCUCACUCAUCUCCUCGCCUCUCACUCAUCUCCUCGCCUCUCACUCAUCUCCUCGCCUCUCACUCAUCUCCUCGCCUCUCACUCAUCUCCUCGCCUCUCACUCAUCUCCUCGCCUCUCACUCAUCUCCUCGCCUCUCACUCAUCUCCUCGCCUCUCACUCAUCUCCUCGCCUCUCACUCAUCUCCUCGCCUCUCACUCAUCUCCUCGCCUCUCACUCAUCUCCUCGCCUCUCACUCAUCUCCUCGCCUCUCACUCAUCUCCUCGCCUCUCACUCAUCUCCUCGCCUCUCACUCAUCUCCCUCGCCUCUCACUCAUCUCCUCGCCUCUCACUCAUCUCCUCGCCUCUCACUCAUCUCCUCGCCUCUCACUUCAUCUCCUCGCCUCUCACUCAUCUCCUCGCCUCUCACUCAUCUCCUCGCCUCUCACUCAUCUCCUCGCCUCUCACUCAUCUCCUCGCCUCUCACUCAUCUCCUCGCCUCUCACUCAUCUCCUCGCCUCUCACUCAUCUCCUCGCCUCUCACUCAUCUCCUCGCCUCUCACUCAUCUCCUCGCCUCUCACUCAUCUCCUCGCCUCUCACUCAUCUCCUCGCCUCUCACUCAUCUCCUCGCCUCUCACUCAUCUCCUCGCCUCUCACUCAUCUCCUCGCCUCUCACUCAUCUCCUCGCCUCUCACUCAUCUCCUCGCCUCUCACUCAUCUCCUCGCCUCUCACUCAUCUCCUCGCCUCUCACUCAUCUCCUCGCCUCUCACUCAUCUCCUCGCCUCUCACUCAUCUCCUCGCCUCUCACUCAUCUCCUCGCCUCUCACUCAUCUCCUCGCCUCUCACUCAUCUCCUCGCCUCUCACUCAUCUCCUCGCCUCUCACUCAUCUCCUCGCCUCUCACUCAUCUCCUCGCCUCUCACUCAUCUCCUCGCCUCUCACUCAUCUCCUCGCCUCUCACUCAUCUCCUCGCCUCUCACUCAUCUCCUCGCCUCUCACUCAUCUCCUCGCCUCUCACUCAUCUCCUCGCCUCUCACUCAUCUCCUCGCCUCUCACUCAUCUCCUCGCCUCUCACUCAUCUCCUCGCCUCUCACUCAUCUCCUCGCCUCUCACUCAUCUCCUCGCCUCUCACUCAUCUCCUCGCCUCUCACUCAUCUCCUCGCCUCUCACUCAUCUCCUCGCCUCUCACUCAUCUCCUCGCCUCUCACUCAUCUCCUCGCCUCUCACUCAUCUCCUCGCCUCUCACUCAUCUCCUCGCCUCUCACUCAUCUCCUCGCCUCUCACUCAUCUCCUCGCCUCUCACUCAUCUCCUCGCCUCUCACUCAUCUCCUCGCCUCUCACUCAUCUCCUCGCCUCUCACUCAUCUCCUCGCCUCUCACUCAUCUCCUCGCCUCUCACUCAUCUCCUCGCCUCUCACUCAUCUCCUCGCCUCUCACUCAUCUCCUCGCCUCUCACUCAUCUCCUCGCCUCUCACUCAUCUCCUCGCCUCUCACUCAUCUCCUCGCCUCUCACUCAUCUCCUCGCCUCUCACUCAUCUCCUCGCCUCUCACUCAUCUCCUCGCCUCUCACUCAUCUCCUCGCCUCUCACUCAUCUCCUCGCCUCUCACUCAUCUCCUCGCCUCUCACUCAUCUCCUCGCCUCUCACUCAUCUCCUCGCCUCUCACUCAUCUCCUCGCCUCUCACUCAUCUCCUCGCCUCUCACUCAUCUCCUCGCCUCUCACUCUCAUCUCCUCGCCUCUCACUCAUCUCCUCGCCUCUCACUCAUCUCCUCGCCUCUCACUCAUCUCCUCGCCUCUCACUCAUCUCCUCGCCUCUCACUCAUCUCCUCGCCUCUCACUCAUCUCCUCGCCUCUCACUCAUCUCCUCGCCUCUCACUCAUCUCCUCGCCUCUCACUCAUCUCCUCGCCUCUCACUCAUCUCCUCGCCUCUCACUCAUCUCCUCGCCUCUCACUCAUCUCCCUCCCUCGCCUCUCACUCAUCUCCUCGCCUCUCACUCAUCUCCUCGCCUCUCACUCAUCUCCUCGCCUCUCACUCAUCUCCUCGCCUCUCACUCAUCUCCUCGCCUCUCACUCAUCUCCUCGCCUCUCACUCAUCUCCUCGCCUCUCACUCAUCUCCUCGCCUCUCACUCAUCUCCUCGCCUCUCACUCAUCUCCUCGCCUCUCACUCAUCUCCUCGCCUCUCACUCAUCUCCUCGCCUCUCACUCAUCUCCUCGCCUCUCACUCAUCUCCUCGCCUCUCACUCAUCUCCUCGCCUCUCACUCAUCUCCUCGCCUCUCACUCAUCUCCUCGCCUCUCACUCAUCUCCUCGCCUCUCACUCAUCUCCUCGCCUCUCACUCAUCUCCUCGCCUCUCACUCAUCUCCUCGCCUCUCACUCAUCUCCUCGCCUCUCACUCAUCUCCUCGCCUCUCACUCAUCUCCUCGCCUCUCACUCAUCUCCUCGCCUCUCACUCAUCUCCUCGCCUCUCACUCAUCUCCUCGCCUCUCACUCAUCUCCUCGCCUCUCACUCAUCUCCUCGCCUCUCACUCAUCUCCUCGCCUCUCACUCAUCUCCUCGCCUCUCACUCAUCUCCUCGCCUCUCACUCAUCUCCUCGCCUCUCACUCAUCUCCUCGCCUCUCACUCAUCUCCUCGCCUCUCACUCAUCUCCUCGCCUCUCACUCAUCUCCUCGCCUCUCACUCAUCUCCUCGCCUCUCACUCAUCUCCUCGCCUCUCACUCAUCUCCUCGCCUCUCACUCAUCUCCUCGCCUCUCACUCAUCUCCUCAUCUCCUCGCCUCUCACUCAUCUCCUCGCCUCUCACUCAUCUCCUCGCCUCUCACUCAUCUCCUCGCCUCUCACUCAUCUCCUCGCCUCUCACUCAUCUCCUCGCCUCUCACUCAUCUCCUCGCCUCUCACUCAUCUCCUCGCCUCUCACUCAUCUCCUCGCCUCUCACUCAUCUCCUCGCCUCUCACUCAUCUCCUCGCCUCUCACUCAUCUCCUCGCCUCUCACUCAUCUCCUCGCCUCUCACUCAUCUCCUCGCCUCUCACUCAUCUCCUCGCCUCUCACUCAUCUCCUCGCCUCUCACUCAUCUCCUCGCCUCUCACUCAUCUCCUCGCCUCUCACUCAUCUCCUCGCCUCUCACUCAUCUCCUCGCCUCUCACUCAUCUCCUCGCCUCUCACUCAUCUCCUCGCCUCUCACUCAUCUCCUCGCCUCUCACUCAUCUCCUCGCCUCUCACUCAUCUCCUCGCCUCUCACUCAUCUCCUCGCCUCUCACUCAUCUCCUCGCCUCUCACUCAUCUCCUCGCCUCUCACUCAUCUCCUCGCCUCUCACUCAUCUCCUCGCCUCUCACUCAUCUCCUCGCCUCUCACUCAUCUCCUCGCCUCUCACUCAUCUCCUCGCCUCUCACUCAUCUCCUCGCCUCUCACUCAUCUCCUCGCCUCUCACUCAUCUCCUCGCCUCUCACUCAUCUCCUCGCCUCUCACUCAUCUCCUCGCCUCUCACUCAUCUCCUCGCCUCUCACUCAUCUCCUCGCCUCUCACUCAUCUCCUCGCCUCUCACUCAUCUCCUCGCCUCUCACUCAUCUCCUCGCCUCUCACUCAUCUCCUCGCCUCUCACUCAUCUCCUCGCCUCUCACUCAUCUCCUCGCCUCUCACUCAUCUCCUCGCCUCUCACUCAUCUCCUCGCCUCUCACUCAUCUCCUCGCCUCUCACUCAUCUCCUCGCCUCUCACUCAUCUCCUCGCCUCUCACUCAUCUCCUCGCCUCUCACUCAUCUCCUCGCCUCUCACUCAUCUCCUCGCCUCUCACUCAUCUCCUCGCCUCUCACUCAUCUCCUCGCCUCUCACUCAUCUCCUCGCCUCUCACUCAUCUCCUCGCCUCUCACUCAUCUCCUCGCCUCUCACUCAUCUCCUCGCCUCUCACUCAUCUCCUCGCCUCUCACUCAUCUCCUCGCCUCUCACUCAUCUCCUCGCCUCUCACUCAUCUCCUCGCCUCUCACUCAUCUCCUCGCCUCUCACUCAUCUCCUCGCCUCUCACUCAUCUCCUCGCCUCUCACUCAUCUCCUCGCCUCUCACUCAUCUCCUCGCCUCUCACUCAUCUCCUCGCCUCUCACUCAUCUCCUCGCCUCUCACUCAUCUCCUCGCCUCUCACUCAUCUCCUCGCCUCUCACUCAUCUCCUCGCCUCUCACUCAUCUCCUCGCCUCUCACUCAUCUCCUCGCCUCUCACUCAUCUCCUCGCCUCUCACUCAUCUCCUCGCCUCUCACUCAUCUCCUCGCCUCUCACUCAUCUCCUCGCCUCUCACUCAUCUCCUCGCCUCUCACUCAUCUCCUCGCCUCUCACUCAUCUCCUCGCCUCUCACUCAUCUCCUCGCCUCUCAUUCAUCUCUCGCCUCUCACUCAUCUCCUCGCCUCUCACUCAUCUCCUCGCCUCUCACUCAUCUCCUCGCCUCUCACUCAUCUCCUCGCCUCUCACUCAUCUCCUCGCCUCUCACUCAUCUCCUCGCUCUCACUCAUCUCCUCGCCUCUCACUCAUCUCCUCGCCUCUCACUCAUCUCCUCGCCGUCUCACUCAUCUCCUCGCCUCUCACUCAUCUCCUCGCCUCUCACUCAUCUCCUCGCCUCUCACUCAUCUCCUCGCCUCUCACUCAUCUCCUCGCCUCUCAUUCAUCUCCUCGCCUCUCACUCAUCUCCUCGCCUCUCACUCAUCUCCUCGCCUCUCACUCAUCUCCUCGCCUCUCACUCAUCUCCUCGCCUCUCACUCAUCUCCUCGCCUCUCACUCAUCUCCUCGCCUCUCACUCAUCUCCUCGCCUCUCACUCAUCUCCUCGCCUCUCACUCAUCUCCUCGCCUCUCAUCUCCUCGCCUCUCCUUUCAUCUCCCUCGCCUCUCACUCAUCUCCUCGCCUCUCACUCAUCUCCUCGCCUCUCACUCAUCUCCUCGCCUCUCACUCAUCUCCUCGCCUCUCACUCAUCUCCUCGCCUCUCACUCAUCUCCUCGCCUCUCACUCAUCUCCUCGCCUCUCACUCAUCUCCUCGCCUCUCACUCAUCUCCUCGCCUCUCAUUCAUCUCCUCGCCUCUCACUCAUCUCCUCGCCUCUCACUCAUCUCCUCGCCUCUCACUCAUCUCCUCGCCUCUCACUCAUCUCCUCGCCUCUCACUCAUCUCCUCGCCUCUCACUCAUCUCCUCGCCUCUCACUCAUCUCCUCGCCUCUCACUCAUCUCUCGCCUCUCAUCAUCUCCUCCCUCUCACUCAUCUCCUCGCCUCUCACUCAUCUCCUCGCCUCUCACUCAUCUCCUCGCCUCUCACUCAUCUCCUCGCCUCUCACUCAUCUCCUCGCCUCUCACUCAUCUCCUCGCCUCUCACUCAUCUCCUCGCCUCUCACUCAUCUCCUCGCCUCUCACUCAUCUCCUCGCCUCUCACUCAUCUCCUCGCCUCUCACUCAUCUCCUCGCCUCUCACUCAUCUCCUCGCCUCUCACUCAUCUCCUCGCCUCUCACUCAUCUCCUCGCCUCUCACUCAUCUCCUCGCCUCUCACUCAUCUCCUCGCCUCUCACUCAUCUCCUCGCCUCUCACUCAUCUCCUCGCCUCUCACUCAUCUCCUCGCCUCUCACUCAUCUCCUCGCCUCUCACUCAUCUCCUCGCCUCUCACUCAUCUCCUCGCCUCUCACUCAUCUCCUCGCCUCUCACUCAUCUCCUCGCCUCUCACUCAUCUCCUCGCCUCUCACUCAUCUCCUCGCCUCUCACUCAUCUCCUCGCCUCUCACUCAUCUCCUCGCCUCUCACUCAUCUCCUCGCCUCUCACUCAUCUCCUCGCCUCUCACUCAUCUCCUCGCCUCUCACUCAUCUCCUCGCCUCUCACUCAUCUCCUCGCCUCUCACUCAUCUCCUCGCCUCUCACUCAUCUCCUCGCCUCUCACUCAUCUCCUCGCCUCUCACUCAUCUCCUCGCCUCUCACUCAUCUCCUCGCCUCUCACUCAUCUCCUCGCCUCUCACUCAUCUCCUCGCCUCUCACUCAUCUCCUCGCCUCUCACUCAUCUCCUCGCCUCUCACUCAUCUCCUCGCCUCUCACUCAUCUCCUCGCCUCUCACUCAUCUCCUCGCCUCUCACUCAUCUCCUCGCCUCUCACUCAUCUCCUCGCCUCUCACUCAUCUCCUCGCCUCUCACUCAUCUCCUCGCCUCUCACUCAUCUCCUCGCCUCUCACUCAUCUCCUCGCCUCUCACUCAUCUCCUCGCCUCUCACUCAUCUCCUCGCCUCUCACUCAUCUCCUCGCCUCUCACUCAUCUCCUCGCCUCUCACUCAUCUCCUCGCCUCUCACUCAUCUCCUCGCCUCUCACUCAUCUCCUCGCCUCUCACUCAUCUCCUCGCCUCUCACUCAUCUCCUCGCCUCUCACUCAUCUCCUCGCCUCUCACUCAUCUCCUCGCCUCUCACUCAUCUCCUCGCCUCUCACUCAUCUCCUCGCCUCUCACUCAUCUCCUCGCCUCUCACUCAUCUCCUCGCCUCUCACUCAUCUCCUCGCCUCUCACUCAUCUCCUCGCCUCUCACUCAUCUCCUCGCCUCUCACUCAUCUCCUCGCCUCUCACUCAUCUCCUCGCCUCUCACUCAUCUCCUCGCCUCUCACUCAUCUCCUCGCCUCUCACUCAUCUCCUCGCCUCUCACUCAUCUCCUCGCCUCUCACUCAUCUCCUCGCCUCUCACUCAUCUCCUCGCCUCUCACUCAUCUCCUCGCCUCUCACUCAUCUCCUCGCCUCUCACUCAUCUCCUCGCCUCUCACUCAUCUCCUCGCCUCUCACUCAUCUCCUCGCCUCUCACUCAUCUCCUCGCCUCUCACUCAUCUCCUCGCCUCUCACUCAUCUCCUCGCCUCUCACUCAUCUCCUCGCCUCUCACUCAUCUCCUCGCCUCUCACUCAUCUCCUCGCCUCUCACUCAUCUCCUCGCCUCUCACUCAUCUCCUCGCCUCUCACUCAUCUCCUCGCCUCUCACUCAUCUCCUCGCCUCUCACUCAUCUCCUCGCCUCUCACUCAUCUCCUCGCCUCUCACUCAUCUCCUCGCCUCUCACUCAUCUCCUCGCCUCUCACUCAUCUCCUCGCCUCUCACUCAUCUCCUCGCCUCUCACUCAUCUCCUCGCCUCUCACUCAUCUCCUCGCCUCUCACUCAUCUCCUCGCCUCUCACUCAUCUCCUCGCCUCUCACUCAUCUCCUCGCCUCUCACUCAUCUCCUCGCCUCUCACUCAUCUCCUCGCCUCUCACUCAUCUCCUCGCCUCUCACUCAUCUCCUCGCCUCUCACUCAUCUCCUCGCCUCUCACUCAUCUCCUCGCCUCUCACUCAUCUCCUCGCCUCUCACUCAUCUCCUCGCCUCUCACUCAUCUCCUCGCCUCUCACUCAUCUCCUCGCCUCUCACUCAUCUCCUCGCCUCUCACUCAUCUCAUCCCUCUCACUCAUCUCCUCGCCUCUCACUCAUCUCCUCGCCUCUCACUCAUCUCCUCGCCUCUCACUCAUCUCCUCGCCUCUCACUCAUCUCCUCGCCUCUCACUCAUCUCCUCGCCUCUCACUCAUCUCCUCGCCUCUCACUCAUCUCCUCGCCUCUCACUCAUCUCCUCGCCUCUCACUCAUCUCCUCGCCUCUCACUCAUCUCCUCGCCUCUCACUCAUCUCCUCGCCUCUCACUCAUCUCCUCGCCUCUCACUCAUCUCCUCGCCUCUCACUCAUCUCCUCGCCUCUCACUCAUCUCCUCGCCUCUCACUCAUCUCCUCGCCUCUCACUCAUCUCCUCGCCUCUCACUCAUCUCCUCGCCUCUCACUCAUCUCCUCGCCUCUCACUCAUCCUCGCCUCUCACUCAUCUCCUCGCCUCUCACUCAUCUCCUCGCCUCUCACUCAUCUCCUCGCCUCGCACUCAUCUCCUCGCCUCUCACUCAUCUCCUCGCCUCUCACUUAUGCUCCUCACGCCUCUCACUCAUCUCCUCGCCUCUCACUCAUCUCCCCUCGCCUCUCACUCAUCUCCUCGCCUCUCAAUUCAUCUCCUCGCCUCUCACUCAUCUCCUCGCCUCUCACUCAUCUCCUCGCCUCUCACUCAUCUCCUCGCCUCUCACUCAUCUCCUCGCCUCUCACUCAUCUCCUCGCCUCUCACUCAUCUCCUCGCCUCUCACUCAUCUCCUCGCCUCUCACUCAUCUCCUCGCCUCUCACUCAUCUCCUCGCCUCUCACUCAUCUCCUCGCCUCUCACUCAUCUCCUCGACUCUCACUCAUCUCCUCGCCUCUCACUCAUCUCCUCGCCUCUCACUCCAUCUCCUCGCCUCUCACUCAUCUCCUCGCCUCUCACUCAUCUCCUCGCCUCUCACUCAUCUCCUCGCCUCUCACUCAUCUCCUCGCCUCUCACUCAUCUCCUCGCCUCUCACUCAUCUCCUCGCCUCUCACUCAUCUCCUCGCCUCUCACUCAUCUCCUCGCCUCUCACUCAUCUCCUCGCCUCUCACUCAUCUCCUCGCCUCUCACUCAUCUCCUCGCCUCUCACUCAUCUCCUCGCCUCUCACUCAUCUCCUCGCCUCUCACUCAUCUCCUCGCCUCUCACUCAUCUCCUCGCCUCUCACUCAUCUCCUCGCCUCUCACUCAUCUCCUCGCCUCUCACUCAUCUCCUCGCCUCUCACUCAUCUCCUCGCCUCUCACUCAUCUCCUCGCCUCUCACUCAUCUCCUCGCCUCUCACUCAUCUCCUCGCCUCUCACUCAUCUCCUCGCCUCUCACUCAUCUCCUCGCCUCUCACUCAUCUCCCUCGCCUCUCACUCAUCUCCUCGCCUCUCACUCAUCUCCUCGCCUCUCACUCAUCUCCUCGCCUCUCACUCAUCUCCUCGCCUCUCACUCAUCUCCUCGCCUCUCACUCAUCUCCUCGCCUCUCACUCAUCUCCUCGCCUCUCACUCAUCUCCUCGCCUCUCACUCAUCUCCUCGCCUCUCACUCAUCUCCUCGCCUCUCACUCAUCUCCUCGCCUCUCACUCAUCUCCUCGCCUCUCACUCAUCUCCUCGCCUCUCACUCAUCUCCUCGCCUCUCACUCAUCUCCUCGCCUCUCACUCAUCUCCUCGCCUCUCACUCAUCUCCUCGCCUCUCACUCAUCUCCUCGCCUCUCACUCAUCUCCUCGCCUCUCACUCAUCUCCUCGCCUCUCACUCAUCUCCUCGCCUCUCACUCAUCUCCUCGCCUCUCACUCAUCUCCUCGCCUCUCACUCAUCUCCUCGCCUCUCACUCAUCUCCUCGCCUCUCACUCAUCUCCUCGCCUCUCACUCAUCUCCUCGCCUCUCACUCAUCUCCUCGCCUCUCACUCAUCUCCUCGCCUCUCACUCAUCUCCUCGCCUCUCACUCAUCUCCUCGCCUCUCACUCAUCUCCUCGCCUCUCACUCAUCUCCUCGCCUCUCACUCUCUCCUCGCCUCUCACUCAUCUCCUCCUCGCCUCUCACUCAUCUCCUCGCCUCUCACUCAUCUCCUCGCCUCUCACUCAUCUCCUCGCCUCUCACUCAUCUCCUCGCCUCUCACUCAUCUCCUCGCCUCUCACUCAUCUCCUCGCCUCUCACUCAUCUCCUCGCCUCUCACUCAUCUCCUCGCCUCUCACUCAUCUCCUCGCCUCUCACUCAUCUCCUCGCCUCUCACUCAUCUCCUCGCCUCUCACUCAUCUCCUCGCCUCUCACUCAUCUCCUCGCCUCUCACUCAUCUCCUCGCCUCUCACUCAUCUCCUCGCCUCUCACUCAUCUCCUCGCCUCUCACUCAUCUCCUCGCCUCUCACUCAUCUCCUCGCCUCUCACUCAUCUCCUCGCCUCUCACUCAUCUCCUCGCCUCUCACUCAUCUCCUCGCCUCUCACUCAUCUCCUCGCCUCUCACUCAUCUCCUCGCCUCUCACUCAUCUCUGUGCCCCUCGUGCCACCAUGCUUCGCAUUGUCAUCAUGUGUUGCCUCCACAGGUGAUUCGCGAGAACCAGAUUGUGGUGGUGGUGGGCGAGACGGGCUCUGGCAAAACAACACAGAUGACACAGAUUGUGGUGGUGGUGGGCGAGACGGGCUCUGGAAAGACAACACAGAUGACACAGUACCUACACGAGGACGGCUACACCACGUACGGCAUGGUGGGGUGCACUCAACCCCGUCAAUCCAUGCUCAAACCCUAAACCAUAACUCAAACCUCCCCCGCACACACCCCCACCAGUACCUGCACGAGGACGGCUACACCACAUACGGCAUGGUGGGGUGCACUCAACCCCGUCGAGUGGCAGCGAUGAGCGUGGCCAAGCGCGUGGCAGAUGAGAUGGAGUGCGAGCUGGGGUCCACUGUGGGCUAUGCCAUCCGGUUCGAGGAUGUCACCAGCAGCAACACGCUCGUCAAGGUGAGUGGUGUGCACAUGGAGUGGAAGGAGCAGUGCAGUGCAGGUGGGCAAGGGAGAGUGAGAGGGGUGGGCGUGGAGUGGAAGGGGCAGCGUGGUGUGGGCGGGCAAGGGGAGAGUGAGUGGCGGACGAGAUGGAGCGCGAGAAACACUCUCGUCAAGGUGGGAUGGGAUGAGAUGGAAGGAGCAGUGCAACAGGGGGGAAAGGGCUUUUCGGGAUUAGUAGCAGCUGCUUGUCCCCUUUCACCUUCUUCUCAUCUCACCCCCCUCUUUUCCUCCCAACCCCACCAGUACAUGACGGAGGGAGUGCUGCUGAGAGAGUCACUCAGAGAGCCGGACCUAGACCAGUACAGCGCCAUCAUCAUGGACGAGGCGCACGAGCCGUCGCUGAACACGGACGUGCUGUUUGGCGUGCUCAAGCACGUGGCAUGUGGCAUCGCCAUAAUAAUGGACGAGGCGCACGAGCGGUCGCUGAAUACGGACGUGCUGUUUGGGGUGCUCAAGCACGUGGCGGCGAGGCGGAGGGACUUCAAGCUCAUCGUCACCUCUGCCACACUCAACUCUGAGAAGUUCUCCCACUUCUUCGGCAGGUGA